AUGGACUCAUCUUCAAAGGGCUUGACGAUGCCAUCCUUUCAGCGAAAAGGUAGCAACAUCCUUAUUCGCCCUACAAGAUACUCGGAUAUUCCCACCAUGGCAAACAUAGCAGCAGCCGUGUAUCGAGACUCGGUUUACAGCGACUUCCUCUGCCCGUAUCGCCAUCAAUAUCCCCACCACUUCAACAGACGCUUCCUACAAAUAUUUCAAGUCCGACAUUUUGACCCUCGCUCAAUUGGCUUUGUAGCCGUGGAGUCUUCCAGUCCCGACAAGCCCGUAGCCUACAUUCAAUUGACUCGUUUGGGAGACGAUGAGCCUGCCAGACGAUUGAUUGCGACCCGGGAUACCCUUUGGCGCAGACUAUUUCACUGGCUGCUUCAGACCCGAAUGUCAAUAGUAAACUAUCUCUGGCCUGACCGGUCCACCGAUCACGAUGCGGCGCGGCAAUUCGACGAAUCAGCUCAGCGGGAUAGCGAAAAGUAUUGGGAAUCUGAUGAGAUGAAGGCCAAAUAUGGGAAUCGCUGGCAUGUCAAGGGUCUUGUGGUUUCCUCGUCGCAUCAACGUCGGGGAAUUGGUCAGACGCUCAUGGCAGAGGCUAUGCAAAGGGCUCAGCAAGAGGAUGUUGUAGUUGGAUUGGAGGCUAGUGCAGACGGAGAGAAGCUCUACCGAUCGCUGGGAUUUGAGAUGCGAGGCCCAUACUCUAUGGUUGUUGGGCCACCAAGGGGAGGACUUAUGAUGUGGACUCCUCAACGGAUGCAAUAG